ACGUCGACUGACGGGACGCAUUAGCUCACGCGGACUGUCUCUGGGAGUGCUGAGUCGAAUAUCCUCUCUGGCGUCUCACCGACAGAAACCGGCUGUUUUAUUUCACCGGAAUCGGAGACAAAACAUUGCACUUAAAGUUGGGACGCUCCUAAUCAUUCCAAGGGGUGACCUUAACACCGGGUUUUGGGCGGACACUUACGUAGACCGAGAACUGCGUAGCUCAAAUAUCACAGUAGUGAAAAUCCAAGACCCACGAUGGACCCGAGAGACACUGCCCCUGAUUCCUGGGAACAAGAGGACGAUGUGGAGGCCACAAUCGACGGACAACUUGAGUCGGCAUUUCAAACCUUAAAUGUAAACGCUAAACCGUUUGUGCCCAAUGUAAACGCCGCCGAAUUUGUUCCGUCUUUUCCCAUUAAGGCACAUUCGGAAAAUCUCGACUCUGCUGUGGCUGUUGAAAAGAUAUCCACCAUGGAGGGGUCAGAAAAUGCUGCUCCAGUGGAGAAUGGCGACACAGAGAUGAGCACAGAGGAGCCGUGGGACCAGAAAGAGGCUGAGCCAAACGAGGAGGAGCCAGGAGGCGGGGACCGGGGGCCAGUAGUGCCGGCGACAACGGAGGAGACUGCUCCAGAGAUGAUGAUAGAGGAGGAGGAGGAAGCUCCAGUACCCAAGGUUCCACCUACACAGCCAGACGCCCCCAGGAAGGAACACAUCAACGUUGUGUUCAUUGGACACGUAGAUGCUGGCAAGUCCACCAUUGGCGGACAAAUCAUGUAUCUAACAGGCAUGGUAGACAAGAGAACCCUAGAGAAGUACGAGAGAGAAGCCAAGGAAAAGAACCGGGAAACCUGGUAUCUGUCUUGGGCUUUAGACACCAAUCAAGAGGAGCGGGACAAAGGCAAGACGGUGGAGGUGGGCCGAGCAUACUUUGAGACGGACAAAAAGCACUUUACCAUCCUAGACGCUCCAGGCCACAAAAGCUUUGUCCCCAACAUGAUUGGAGGCGCAUCACAAGCAGACCUGGCUGUUCUGGUGAUCUCUGCCAGGAAAGGCGAGUUCGAAACUGGUUUUGAGAAGGGCGGACAGACACGGGAGCAUGCCAUGUUGGCCAAAACGGCUGGUGUCAAGCACCUGAUAGUUCUGGUGAAUAAGAUGGAUGAUCCAACAGUCAACUGGAGCCUUGAGAGGUAUGAAGAGUGUAAGGAGAAACUAGUGCCAUUUUUGAAGAAGGUGGGAUUCAACCCGAAGAAAGACAUUCACUUCAUGCCGUGCUCCGGACUGACAGGGGCCAACCUGAAGGAGCCCACUGACAUGUGCUCCUGGUAUACAGGGUUACCUUUCAUUCCACACUUGGACAGUUUGCCACAUUUCAACAGAUCAAGUGAUGGCCCUGUCAGAUUGCCCAUUGUAGACAAAUACAAGGACAUGGGCACUGUGAUUUUGGGCAAACUGGAGUCAGGCUCCAUCAGUAAAGCACAGCAGCUGGUCAUGAUGCCAAACAGGCAUGUGGUGGAGGUGUUGAGUCUCCUGUCAGAUGAUGUAGAGACAGACGAUGCUGGACCAGGUGAAAACCUCAAGCUGCGGCUGAAGGGCAUUGAGGAGGAGGAGAUCCUGCCUGGCUUUAUCCUGUGUAACGCUGAGAACCUCUGCCACUCAGGGCGCACCUUCGACGCCCAGAUUGUCAUCAUCGAACACAAAUCCAUCAUCUGUCCAGGUUACAACGCAGUCCUUCACAUUCACACCUGCAUUGAAGAAGUGCAACUGCAGGCCUUAAUCUGUCUGGUAGACAAGAAGUCGGGAGAGAAGAGUAAGACACGACCACGAUUUGUCAAACAGGACCAGGUCUGCAUCGCCCGUCUGCGCACGGCAGGAACCAUUUGCCUCGAGACCUUUAAAGACUUUCCUCAGAUGGGACGGUUUACCUUACGGGACGAAGGUAAGACCAUCGCCAUCGGUAAGGUGCUGAAGCUGGUUGCCGAGCGGGACUGAAGACUAUGGAGCUGCCUGCAGGUCCCGGUGAGAAGGAACGGGCGGAGCUCGGUCAUAACCCGCCCACACUGUUGUCAGCGGCGACGGCACCUCCCUGCCCCCCUUCCGUGUGCCGAAGAUCAGCUUCAGAAAAAAUACUCGU